ACAAUCAUAGCGGCAGUGCUCCCUCUAAUUAUUCGAAGAAGAAGAGAAGGCUUCUCAGCUGAGGAAAAUGGCAGACGUUGAGCUGGACAUCAUGUCCAGCAGAAUGAAUAAUGGAAACGAACACAUAAAGCAAGAUCUGGAGAGCCAUGAAAGAAGUGGAAAUGAAGACAGCGGGGACAUAUCUGAGGAAGAGGAGGAGGAAGAGGAGGAAGCUGUAAAUACUGAGAAGGUCGAUGAAGGGUCCAAACAUCACAGCGGUAGUGGUAAACGCAAGAGGAAAAAACACAAGCAUCGCAGCAAGCACAAAAAACACAAACAUGUAUCUGAUGAAGACAAGGACCGUAAGCGAAAGCAUCGUCAUAAACACAGGAAACACAAACGCAAAGAGGGCACCUCCCCGUCUGCUGCCGCCCUCUUUGGUUCCUCCACCCACAAGAAGGUGGAGUCGUCUCCCUCUUCUGGGAAUCCCAGUCUGGAUGACAGGGCCGUGCUGGAGGACCUGGAGAAACAGAGGGCCAUGAUUAAAGCUGAACUGGACAGUCAGCUGAUGGAGGGCAAGGUUCAGUCUGGCAUGGGUUUGAUUCUUCAGGGCUACAACUCUGGGUCUGAAGAGGAUGGAGACGCCAGGUUCAGGAAUGGAGAGCAGCGUCUGAGGGGCAGCUCAGGUAAACCCAUCUCUCCAAGAGGGGGGAAAAGUGGGAAAUCGAGGCGAGACUCAACAGAGGUCAGUAAGUCCAGCUCCAAGCGUCGUAGCAAGUCUGCAGAGAAACCCGCCAAGGAGUCUAAGCAGGACAAAGGGACCAAAAGCAGUAAGGACGCGGGCGUUAAGGACAGAGGGCGUGGCAGGAGCAGGUCUAAGGACAAAAAACGCUCGGGCAGCACUGAUCGGCCCAAGGAGAGACGGAAGUCUAGUUCUCCUUCCAACUUAAAGAAUGAGAAGAAAGCCGAUCGUGUUGAUAAGCGUUCCUCUCCACAGCGAGAUGACAGGCCAAACCAGGACAGAGCAAGUCGACGGUCCAGGUCACCAGUACGAGAACGGCCAAGCCGCUCAGAUGCAGAUCGGGACAAACGGGUCGCCAAGUCUCCGUCUAAGGACGCCUCGCUGGGGAAAGAGAACCGCUCCCCUCACAGACGAGGGCCUCACAGCCCUCCACGGAAACGCAGUGCUUCUCCUCGUCACCGAGACAGUCGCCAUGUGUCGACUGGCGCCUCCGAGCGGACGUCAAAACAGAACCACUCUCCGUCCAGAACCAAGUCUCCCCCCAGAAGGGGCCGCAGCCGCUCACCGGACCUCAGGAGGAGGGAGUCAGACAGGCAGGACUCACCCCUCAGGAAGCGGCCUCGACCUGACGCUGGGCCCGCCAGAGACCGGUCUCGGGAAAGGAGUCCUAGGCCCGCCAUUCGCCGCCGUGUCAGUCGCUCCCCUCUGAGGAGGAGGUCCCCAUCACCACGGCGACGCUCCCGCUCCUCCCCCCGCAGACGAAGCCGGUCUCUGCUCAGACACAGAUCAGGAGAGAGAGACCGGUACGGUCGGCUCCGCCAGUACCGACGCUCCACGUCUCGUGACCGGGAGAGGAGGAGGAGGCGCAGCAGAGAUGAAGAUAAGUUUAAGGGCAGCCUGUCGGAAGGGAUGAAGGUGGACCAGGAGUCCUCAGAAGAAGACGUGUUGGAGGACUUUGAAGGUGAGGAGAUAGAUGAAGAAGCCCUCAUCGAGCAGCGGCGCCAGCAGCGCAUGGCUAUCGUCCAGAAAUACAAGGUCCUGAACGAAGACACCAACAUGGUGUCGGAGCCCAGCAGCCCUCAGAGCAGCACGCGGAGCCGCUCUCCUUCGCCCGACGACAUCCUGGAGCGAGUGGCCGCAGAUGUGAAGGAGUAUGAACGCGAGAACGUCAACACCUUCGAGGCUAGCAUCAAAGCCAAGCACAACCUCAUCGCCCAGGAGAAAGACGGAGCCAACCCAAAGAAGCCCUCUGCCCCCGACAUGUUUACGGAGUCAGACGACAUGUUUGCUGCUCAUUUUGAUAGUGCCAGGAUGCGAGCAGCCGGCGUGGGAAAGGACUUCAAGGAGAACCCAAACCUCAGGGACAACUGGACCGAUGCAGAAGGAUACUACAGAGUAAACAUCGGCGAGACUUUAGACAAGCGCUACGACGUGUACGGCUACACGGGGCAGGGUGUGUUCAGUAACGUGAUCCGAGCCAGAGACACGGCCAGAGCCGGCCAGGAGGUGGCAGUCAAGAUCAUCCGAAACAACGAGCUCAUGCAGAAGACGGGAUUGAAGGAGUUAGAAUUUCUCCGGAAGCUAAACGAUGCCGAUCCUGACGAUAAGUUCCACUGCCUUCGCCUCUUCCGACACUUCUACCACAAGCAGCAUCUCUGUCUGGUGUUUGAGCCGCUCAGUAUGAAUCUGCGAGAGGUGCUGAAGAAGUACGGUAAAGACGUUGGACUCCACAUCAAAGCUGUGCGUUCCUACAGCCAGCAGCUCUUCUUGGCGCUCAAGCUGCUGAAGCGAUGCAACAUCCUCCACGCUGACAUCAAGCCAGACAACAUCCUGGUGAACGAGUCUAAAACCAUUCUGAAGCUUUGUGACUUUGGCUCAGCCUCACAUGUGGCUGAUAAUGACAUCACGCCGUAUCUUGUCAGUAGAUUUUACAGAGCUCCAGAAAUCAUCAUAGGAAAGCUUUACGACUACGGGAUCGACAUGUGGUCGGUGGGGUGCACGUUGUAUGAGCUGUACACCGGGAAGAUCCUGCUCCCCGGAUCUUCCAACAAUCACAUGCUGAAGCUGGCGAUGGACCUGAAGGGCAAGAUGCCCAACAAGAUGAUUCGUAAAGGUUUGUUCAAAGACCAGCACUUCGACCAGAACUUGAAUUUCCUCUACAUUGAAGUAGACAAAGUGACUGAAAGGGAAAAGGUGACGGUAAUGAGCACCAUCAACCCCACCAAAGACCUGCUGUCUGAACUCAUCGGCGGCCAGCGGUUGCCCGAGGACCAGAGGAAGAAGGUGAUGCAGCUGAAGGACCUGCUGGAGGGCACGCUGAUGCUGGACCCGGCUAAACGCAUCAGCAUAAACCAGGCUCUGCAGCACCCCUUUAUACAGGAGAAGAUCUGAGACCCUCCCAGAGCGGACAGGACAGCAGCGACCACUAAACCAGCUCUGGAGCGAAGCAGCAAACCUCUGAACUCUUGUUUCAGAAUCUCACCCAGUUUUGUUCUUUCAGCAGGACUCUAAUGGAUUCUUUAUUGUGUUUUAUUGUAAAUAGAUCAUUGAGAUAGUAGCCAUUCUGAGUUACACGCUUUGAUUUUGUUUUUCAUUGUAUACUUCCCCUCAUACCAUCAAAUGCAGUUACUUUUUAAUUUAAAUGGCACUGGAGUGAUUAAAGAAACUAUGAUUCCUGUAAAUACUGACGAGUCUGUUGCAUCAACUAAAUCAAGCAGCAGACGAGGAAAGGUCAGAGUGCAGCAUUUGUUUCUGACCACAUUGCUCAUAGUGGGAUGAUGCAUGCUUUUGAAUGUGGUGCAGCCCUGUGUUGAAGCUCCAUAACUGCAGUCACAACCUGAUCUGAAAGAAAAACGUGCAUUUCUGAUUAAGAUUUUUAAAACUGGUAGAAAUUUUUUUGUUUUUCAUUUUUUAACCCCUCGUCCAAUUCUCUGGCUCUAAAGGCUCUCAGAUUUAAGUGCCUCCUGUUUGAGCUUGGUGUGUUAAACACCAAACGAUGCCACACCCGUGACCCUCCUCUAAUGUUGUGUAUAUACAGUCUAAAGUCGCUUUCCUUCACGUAUGUUUUUUUUUCUUUACAUGAUGUGGUAAAACCAAUCUUGUGGAUUACAAUAAACAAUAGUUGUGGAAACGCUACUGAAAGAGCACCUUCAGUAUAAAACAGCUUUUUAGUAAUAAAUUGUUUCCUACUGUAAACAAA